AAAGAGCGCGCGAUUGCCCGGCUCGGAGAGGGGUGGGGGAAGCCCCGCCAGGACUGGGCGGCGCCUGGCUGGGAGAAUCAGUAACUGCGAGGCAGGGGAUGGAGCACUCCCUUGGCCUGGUUGCGCUGUGGAAGGAGUUGUGGUUCAUCUGUAUGCUGCCAACUGGGUCAUCAAAGCCAAAUCCGAACUUGGAUUCUGUGCGGCGGAUUGCAGAGCUGUCUUGAGGCCCUGAGGACUGGGACCUGCGACCCCCAGUGGACAAAAGUCGGCUCUACCCCAGAGGUUAAUUUUCUCACGGCAGGCACCUGUUGCAGAGGCUGCACGUAAAAUAAAGGCGAACGCUAGUUUCCGAGUUCAUGUAAGAAUCUGAGAAAUAACGGGGGAAACGUUGACAAGGGGAUGUGAUUGAGACCUGAGGCCAUGAGGUUAAUGGUUUCUUAUUACCAUAAAUCUGUGACCCACAACCAUUGAGUUCCGUUUUAAGGGCCCAGUAUAAGCUCCAAACACUAUGUCAUCUAGAAUUAGAAGCAACAGUUGUCGCCCCUCCUGGAGUACAGGCAGGAGUGGAUGGAUGUGGCUCUGAAAAACUACCUACUAGUCCAAGGAAACCUGCUAGCUCUGGAAUGUUGUCAUUGCCAGUCUCCUGCAGGGUAUUGUUAAGGCAUUGGGCAGAUAUAAAAUGCACUACAACGUUAUUCAGGAAAAUCGAGAAUGCUACUACAGACUGCUUCCCCACAGCCCACUAUCUUAUUAACCGUUUUUAUUUUCCUUAGAAUCCCUACUGAAAUACAAGGCAGGCACAGCGCAUGAACGUUGCUUUGGAGAAUCCUGCAGAUAAGGCUUUUCCAAAAAGCGCGAGUACCUUGUUGUAUUCAGAUACCCUAUCGUCGUCAGUCAUGGCUAGCAUCAUUGCGCGUGUGGGUAACAGCAGGCAGCAGAAUGCACCUUUGCCGCCUUGGGCCCAUUCCAUGUUGAGGUCUCUGGGGAGGAGUCUCGGUCCUUUCGUGGUCAACAUGGCAGAGAGAAACAUGAAGUUGUUCUCGGGGAGAGUGGUGCCAGCCCAGAGGAAAGAAACCUUUGAAAACUGGCUGAUCCAAGUCAGUGGGGUCCUGCCAGAUUGGAGUAUGUCUGAGGAGGAAAAACUCAAGCGCUUGAUGAAAACACUUAGGGGCCCUACCCGGGAGGUCAUGCGUUUGCUUCAGGCGGCCAACCCCAACCUAAGUGUAGCAGAUUUCUUGCGGGCCAUGAAAUUGGUGUUUGGGGAGUUUGAAAGCAGUGUGACUGCCCAUGGUAAAUUUGUUAACACCCUGCAGGCACAAGGGGAGAAAGCCUCCCUUUAUGUGAUCCGUUAAGAGUUGCAGCUCCAGAAUGCUAUUCAGGCUGGCAUCCUAGCUGAGAAAGAUGCAAACCAGACUGGCUUGCAACGGCUUCUUUUAGGCACCUAGCUGAAUAGGGACCUGUGCUUCAGGCUUAAAAUUAAGCAUCUUCUCAGGAUGUAUGCAAAUGUGCAGGAGCGACUUCCCAAUUUCCUGGAGUUAAUCAAGAUGAUAAGGGAGGAAGAGGAUUGGGAUGAUGCUUUUAUUAAACGGAAGCGGCCGAAAAGGUCUGGGCCAAUAAUAGAGAAGGCAGCCAGCCCUGUGGCAUUUCAGGGUGCCCAGCCAAUAACAAUCGGCAGUGCUAACUGUAACUGCAACGUGAUAGAAAUAGAUGAUACCCUUGAUGACUCCGAUGAGGAUGUGAUCCUGGUGGUGUCUCUGGACCCUUCACUGACACCCACAGGUGUCCCUCCCUUCAGAGGAAGAGCCAGACCUCUGGAUCAAGUGCUGGUUAUUGAUUCCCCCAACAAUUCUGGGGCUCAGUCUCUUUCUACCAGUGGUGGUUCUGGGUAUAAGAAUGAUGGUCCUGGGAAUAUUUGUAGAGCCAGGAAGCGAAAAUACACAAUCUGCUGUUCAUAUUGUGGUGAGGAGGGCCACUCAGAAGAAACCUGUGACAACGAGAGCAACAAGGUCCGUUUUGAGAAUCUGAUCAUCACCCUGCAGGAGCUGACACAUACAGAGGACAGGUCAAAAGACGUCCCUGGAGAACACAGUGAUGCUUUUGAGCCACAGUAAGGAUCUAGACCCAGCCCUAAAUGAGUUCUUAACUGUAUUCGGAUUAAUGGGAAUAACAAGAGAGGAGGGUGGGUUUCUAACUGCAUGAAUCCACAAAGCAGUUUUCCUUUGGGAAAGAGAAGAGGUCUUGCAUACCAGCACAGUGGAGGGGAAUGGUGUGACCUCUGUCCCUGCUCCCUUCUCUGCCGGCUUAAGAGUCUGUUCUCCAUGUGUCUAUUUCUUUGAUGACUUUCUACUUUUUAUGAAAGGAGCAUCUUUUCAAUAAACCUUCAAAAAUAAAGGAAGAUACAAAAACUAAAGUACAAAUUACCUGAAACUCAGCACCCUUUUGUAACCAUUGUCAGCCCUUUGGUGAAUGUCCUUCCAGAUAUCUCCCUGUACCUGUGUACCCAGAUAGAUACAUGUAUAGAUAAGAGUGAUCAAAUAUAAAUGCUGUUCUAUACUGUGUAUUUUUCACCAAAUAAUAUAUCUUGUGGACUUCUAUGUCAAUGAAUAUAUAUAAACAUCUUAUUUCAUAUCUCUGUGUGAUGUUACUUUUAGAAAGAUAAAGAAAAAUGAAACUAAAUAUAGAAGCUAUAAGUGGGGGUCAUACUAGGAGGAUGGGUUUUUAUCAACCUCAUUUAUAGGAAAGGAGAAAGGAAACUGAAAUGGACUGAAUAUCUCCCAUACAACCCCUUAACACAACUGACCUGUCUCCUAGGUCAUAGAGCCAACUCCUGUACCCAUGAGUUAAUAAUGUUCCAAUGUUUUCUUCUUGAACAUAUCAUGAGACACCAGAUGGGGAACAGCAGGGACAAAAAUUGAAAAUGGGUAUUCCAGAGGCUCCAUGCCUGUUUGUAUUGGGAAGGGACAACUACUCCUGCCCCAUCUCUUGACCUCAGAUUAGAGGGUGAUAAAAGAUGACAUGUGACCUCUAUCCCCGAGGGUCCCAACUUUCUUGUAGGUACAGUAGUCACUAUCCUCACAAAGAGGUCAAGACUGGCAAGGUGCAGGGAGGAAUGAUUUCAUUUAAGGCAGGGAGUGGAGUGAAAUGAAUGCAGACCUGAGGACCUGAGGGAGUUUGCCUGGGAGGAAAGAGGGGGCCCCUGGGCUGACGAGACAGGGUGUGCAGCAGCCAGAGCUGGCACCUCAGGGAAAGGAGCACAGAGCUAUGUAGGUGGAGGACAGAAGGACAGGGGGAGAGGGGAAGGCGUAUGAUGGCCAGGCUGGUGGGCUCCCAUCUACAGUGACAGGGACAAGAGGCCUGGCAGAAACUGCAGACCCACAGGUUUCACACAGAACCCUGGGCUAUGUGGUGGGAGGAGUGGAGGUUGGGACUCUAAUUAGGCUAGCAGACUGAUGGGGGACAAAAGGGUCUAGGCUGAGGCCCCCAGGGAGGAGUAGAAGCCACACACUGCAAGGAGCCCAAUGCAGCCUUCCCAGGGCUGCCAGGCCCAGAAUCUGCCUUGGAGUGCUCUCCUUCCAGAAUCACCCCCAACUCUGCUCUUCCCUGGUCCCUUUCUCUUGCUUCAUCCACAUCCCCAUAAUCCCAUUCCUAUCCCCACUGCUCCAUCCAUAUCCCCACAAUCUCAUUCCUAUCCUCACUGUUCCAUCCAUGUCCCCACAAUCUCAUUCCUAUCACCCUGCUCCAUCCAUAUCCCCACAAUCACAUUCCUAUCCCCUCUGCUCAAUCCAUGUCCUCACAGUCUCAUUCAUACCCGCCCUGCUCCAUUCAUAUCCCCACAAUCCCAUUCAGUUCCCUCUGCUCCAUGCAUAUCCUCACAAUCUCAUUCAGAUCCUUCCUGCUCCAUCUGUAUCCUCAGUCUCAUUCCUAUCCCCCUGUUCCACCCAUAUCCCCACAAUCUCAUUCAGAUCCCCCCUACUCCAUGCAUAUCCCCACAGUCUCAUUCAGAUCCCCCCUCCUUCAUCCAUAUCCCCGCAGUCUCAUUCAGAUCCCCCUGCCCCAUCCAUAUCCCCACAAUCUCAUUCAUAUCCCCCCUGCUCCAUCCAUAUCCCCACAGUCUCAUUCAGAUCCCCCUGCUUCAUCCAUAGCCCCGCAAUCUCAUUCCUAUCCCCCUUGCUCCAUCCAUUUUCUCACAAUUGCACUUUACCACCACUCCCCUUCCCUGGAGCCACACUCACCUCUUGGUGGGGGGAGAUGGAGGCUCAGCCUCAUGUGCUCUGCCCAUCAUUACCUCCCCCUCCUCCGCAUUCCAUGAUGGCCUUAAGCCUCAGCCUCCUUAAUGCUCAUGUCCAGUAGACUGGGAGGGCCCCUCUGCCUCUGACCUUUUAGCUGAGAACUGAGCAGGAGUAAAGGUUCAAGAGACCCACUUUUUACAUCCAUCUGGGGCACCUCUGGCCCCUGGCAGCCACCUCCAUCUCACCACAGGCGAAGAGGAACCCACCACCCAGGCAGGAGGCAGCUUCAUCAAGCCCCCAAAGCCACAGGGUCCCCCAACACUACCUGGCUCUUACAGCCCCUUAUUCCUUCCUACCUCUCCUGCAAUCUAUCCUUGGAGGGGAUUUGCCCACUCAUCUCUCCAAGAUUAGAAUAUAGUUCCACUUCCUGCUCACCUUUUCUCAAAUUCAAUCUAUAAAUGCUAUUGAAUGAUUUACCUAGAUAUGCUGUCAUGAUUUCUUUCUGAAACCAGGUAGAGUGAAAAGAGGAGUAAAUGCUACACCCACCCCCACCCUCCUUUUCACUGGAGUUAUCUUGGAGGUUCAAGAUCAUUACUUUGAAACCCUGCUCUGUAAUUCAUCCCCUUUCCUUCCCCCCUCAUCCUGUCCUCUGUUGUGUAAACCUGAAACUGUCUAAAUUUUUACUUCACCAAAAUGAUGCAAAAGUGAUACUUUUUAUUUCAUUUUGUGUCACACUGGCUUUCCUUUAUUCAAGAAGUAUGUAUUUUCCCCAAUUGGAAGACAUAGAAGACUUGGAGUGAUCACAGGGUUAAGUGAAAGGCUUUUAGAAAAUUUUGUGUUCAAUACCCUUCAUUUAUAAUUAUUGUUUUUUCCUUUCCUUUCUCCCUUCAUUCUCAUUAGUCGCUAAGAGAUGAAAAUUGCUCUUUUGUCUUGUCAGGAGACACCAGCCUUUGAAUGACCUCCUUUUGCAUUAUCUCCCUCCUUCUUGAUACUAUUUUCCCUUGUUUCCAUGACAUCAUCUCACGGUUUCCCUCUCCCAGAUCUUUUUGGUGCCUACUUCUCAGUCUCUUUUGCUGAAUAUUCUUUCCCUUCCUGAUCCUUCUGCAAUAGCAAUAAAAAUUAAAAUCACUGCAAGUGCGAUUUAUUCCAAGCUUAUUACAUGCCAGGCACCCAGUGCCAAACCUUUAAAACGCAUAAUUAGCUUUUCAUAGCAACUCCCUCAAGAUAAGUAUUACUUUCUAUUUCUAAUUUGCUACUAAUUUAAUUACUAUUAAUUGACACAUAUUUCAGAUGAUGAAACAGGCCGGGAAGUUAGAAAACGUACUUAGGGUCAUGUAGUUAUUUAGUGGUACAGUCAAGGAUAAGACACUGGACUGACUGACCCCCAAGUCUGUGUUCCUUACUUGAGUUAGCCCUCAUGUGCACAGGACCCUAUGAGGUUGGUGUUAUGAUUAUAUAGAGAUGAUACGUGAGGAAAGCAAGGUCAACAGAUAUAAUUAGCCAAACGUCAUAGCAGCAAGUGGCUUGUGCGCCAUACACAAGGAUGCAGCCUUUAAAGAAUACUUGUUUGACACAGGCUUUUUCCACCUUUCUUUCACAUUCUUUCCUUGCUGCAGCUAUCCCUCCUGCUGCCUGGCAACCAUCCCCUCUCCCUUCAGAGUUGCAUUAUCACAUUCAGUUCAGGUAUCAAAGUUUCCAGUCUAUGCUUUUGGUGCAAAUGGUUUUGAAUUUGAAGUAUGCAAGAGGAGACAGCUGCAACAGUGAGUGGAAGAGAGAUAAAUUGUUCAAUUUGUGGUGCUGGGGAGAACUUCAUUACCUGAUUGGAAAAAAGGCCAGUUUCCUUUCUCCCAUGACACUAAAUAUGAAUCCCAGACACAUUUGAGAAGUAAAUGUAGAUUUUAUGCAAUUAUGUACUAAUCAUAUAUUUUUUCAUAUAUUUUUAAUCAUAUAUUUUGUUGUUAUAAAAUGAAUAAAAAGAAUCAAAUGUUCAAAAGCAACCCCUUUGAAAGCUGCAACACAAUACAUGUUAAAUCUCUGGGUUGGAGAGAACUUUCUAUGGUUAAGACUAAUGAAAGAAAGUAUAAAGGAAAAGAUCAAUAAUUCAGAAGACAGCAUUAACAAAAAUACCAACAGUAAGCUGAGAAACACUGGCAACAAAUAUGAUGGACAGGGGGCAGGGUUGGCAACAAAUAAGAGAAGCAAUAAUAACAACAAAUCUGUACUGUGUUUAGACAGUUAACAUUUAUUAAGGUCUUACAAAGUGCCAGGCAUAUUCUACAAGCUCUACAUGGCUUUAUCCUUCAUCCCAUUCUUACAACAAGUCCUGAGAUAAAUCUUAUUUUAAAAUUUCCACAUUCUAAAACACUCUAAUGGGGGGGGGCGGUUGGGGCGGAGGGAAGUGCAUAAAAUAUAAAUUUACAACUUAACAAAUUAUUAUAGAGCAAAUCACCAUAAA